AGAAAAGCCAUAUAUAUGGCACCUGCACCACCCGCAUCUUUCAUUCAUAACCCAUCAAUACUUCCGACGCAUCAACUGCAACAUGGCAUCCUACCUGGUUACCGGUACUUCCCGAGGCAUCGGCCACGAGCUGGUCCGCCAAUUGGCCGCGAAGCCCGCCUCCGAGGUCAGCACCAUCUUUGCAACCUCGCGGUCCGUCAAUACCCCGCUGCAAGCACUCGCCGAUCAACAUCCCGGUCGCUUCAUCCUGGUUCCCAUCGACGUGACCGACCAAGACAGCAUCACCAAAGCAGUGGCAGCUGUGGAAAGCGUCGUGGGCGACAAAGGACUGGAUGUGUUGAUCAACAAUGCCGGCGUGGUCGGCUGGGGCUGGCUCAAGGACAUGUCCGACUUGAACGACACCUUCAACGUCAAUGUGACCGGGCCUCAUGUCAUGAUCCAGGCUUUUCUGCCGCUCUUGCGCAGGGGCGCUAUGAAGAAGAUUGUCAACAUUUCCAGCAGUGUUGGCUCUAUCGCCAAGCAGCCCGUCUUCCGCGAGUUGCCUGCCCCUUCUUAUAAAAUCACCAAGGCUGCCUUGAACAUGAUCACGGUGCUGUACUCUCAGGAGCUGGCUGAGGAGGGAUUCAUUGUGUUUUGUGUGAGCCCGGGGUGGUUGAAGACGGAUGCUGCCAACGCUCAUGCCGACCUGCCUGUUGGGACCGGAGUUGAGGGCGUCUUGGGCAUGGUUCGUGACUCGGGGUUGGAGGUCAAUGGCAAGUUUUUGAACAUUCAUGUUCCGGGCUGGGAGAACAACCCGGGACUGAACCAGUAUGAUGGAAAGGAGCUGCCUUGGUAGACUGGUACUGGUCAUUAUACAUAUGCUGCAGCUAGAAUAUAUCUAUGGUGUCAGUGAUAGAUUUGAGUGUAGGGUAGAAUAAUCA